UUCAAUCCAUUUCCCUUUCCCUUCUCUUAAACCAAACAAUUGUUUUAUUAGAUUUUCUAAAUUAUAAAAGGUAACAGUCCAAAGACACAGUUAAAGCAGCCGAAGGAAGGUAAUGCAUGAUUGUGAAGUGAUCUUUAUCUUUUAACUUGCGAAGUGUAUGGUCUUUUUAUGUGGGUUUUCUCUCGAUCUGUUUAUCUGUCCAACUCCAUUCAUUGAAGUCAGCCAGCAUCAAGAAAUAGUAUAGAGAAUGGAAAAACAGAAGAGUUUUCGUGGAUUUAUGGAAAAACAGAAGAGUUUCCGCGUGGUGAUGGAGAGGCAGCUGAGCUUGAUGGGAAGUGAUAGGAAGAAGAGCAAGGAAUCACCUGGGAAACGUGGUGACUUACCCAUUCAUUUAGCUGCUCGUUCAGGGAACUUGACUAGAGUCAGAGAGAUACUUCAAAAUUGCGAUGAAACAAAUGAUUUGUUGGCAAAGCAGAACCUGGAGGGGGAGACCCCUCUUUACUUGGCUUCAGAGAACGGACAUCAUAUGGUCGUUAGCGAGAUACUUAAAUACUUGGACUUGCAUACUGCUUCUAUUCUAGCCAGAAAUGGCUACGAUCCCUUCCAUGUUGCUGCUAAGCAGGGUCAUCUUGAGGUGCUGAGGGAGCUUCUGCACUCUUUUCCCAACUUGGCCAUGACUACCGAUUUGGCCAAUUCAACUGCUUUGCACACAGCUGCUACUCAAGGUCAUAUUGAUGUCGUCAAUCUUCUUUUGGAAUCGGAUUCAAAUCUAGCAAAAAUAGCCAGGAACAAUGGUAAGACUGUCCUUCACUCUGCCGCUAGAAUGGGCCAUUUACAAGUUGUCAGAGCCUUACUCACCAAGGAUCCAACCACUGGAUUUAGGACUGAUAAGAAAGGUCAAACUGCACUACACAUGGCCGUCAAAGGCCAAAAUCAAGACAUUUUGCUCGAAUUGCUCAAACCUGACCCCGCAGUUUUAAAUCUAGAGGAUAAUAAAGGAAAUACAGCAUUGCAUAUUGCCGCAAACAAGGGCCGUACUCAGAACGUCCGCUGCUUGUUAUCAACGGAGGGUAUUAAUAUCAAUGCUACAAACAAGGCGGGAGAGACUCCUCUUGACAUUGCAGAAAAAUUUGGAAGUCCAGAUCUUGUCUCCAUAUUGAGGGAUGCUGGGGCUGUUAAUUCCACUGACCAAGGGAAGCCUCCAAAUGCAGCAAAACACCUUAAGCAGACUGUCAGCGAUAUAAAGCAUGAUGUGCAAUCCCAGCUCCAACAGACACGCCAGACGGGCAUGAGGGUCCAGAAAAUUGCAAAGAAGCUGAAAAAACUCCACAUAAGUGGCCUGAACAAUGCAAUAAACUCUGCUACUAUUGUUGCCGUUCUCAUUGCUACAGUUGCUUUUGCAGCCAUAUUCACUGUCCCGGGUCAAUAUGUCGAAGAGAAAGUACAUGGCCUUUCACUUGGACAAGCAAAUAUAGCAAACAGUCCAGCUUUCCUGAUAUUUUUUGUGUUUGAUAGCUUGGCAUUAUUCAUCUCUUUGGCAGUAGUGGUGGUUCAAACUUCAGUUGUUGUGAUUGAGCAAAAGGCAAAGAAGCAGCUUGUUUUUGUCAUUAACAAGCUCAUGUGGCUUGCUUGCCUUUUCAUUUCCAUAGCAUUCAUUUCUCUCACUUACGUGGUAGUGGGAUCACACUCAAGAUGGCUUGCUAUAUAUGCUACAGUGAUUGGAAGCUUCAUAAUGCUCUCUACAAUCGGUUCCAUGUGCUACUGUGUGAUUCUGCAUAGGAUAGACGAGACAAAAUUGAGGAGUGAGAGCCGGUCUUUCUCCAUGUCGCAUGCAUCAGACCAGGAGAUUUUAAACAGUGAAUACAAGAGGAUGUACGCACUUUAGGAUUAUAUAUGCUAUGUGUGGUUGCUACCAAGCAGCAGUAACAGAUUAUGCAAACACAAAUUAUGAUCUACUAUGCUAGACUACAGAAACUGUGGAGAAUCCAAUACAUCCACCAACAAGUAGAAAGGAUCAUCAUGUGUAUAGUAGUAGUACGAUAUUAGUGAAAUGAUACCAAUUCGUUCGAUGGCUUGAAACGAUAUUUUAUUUUAGCAAUCUGUAAAAUGUGUAUCGUCCUUGUGAAUGCAGUGAAAUCUUACGACUAA